UUAGUUUCACCGCGCUCUCUGUUGUUUUGUAGGGAUGUUAAUCGGUUAGAAUGGUUUCUGUAAGUAGAAUUUUAUUUUUGAAUCAGGUCAAUAAAUACCUUUGAUAUUUUCAUCCUCACAGUCGUGACUAAGUUUUAAAGCAAGCAGGAAUAUCUGGAGGAGUAUCAUCUGAACUGAGAUCUGCUGCUGUAAAGAUGAUGUUUGUUAAAGUGGAGAGUGAAGAGAACACGAGUGAAACAGAAACCUGGAGAAUAAAACACGAGGAAACAGAAACCUGGAGAAUUAAACAGGAGGAACCAGAAACAUGGAGAAUAAAACACGAGGAACAAGGAGAGUUUAUUGAAGAAAGUGAGGAGAACAAAGAAUUAAAUGAAGUUCAAGAGAAAAAUCAUGUCAAAACUGGAGAAAAACAUUUGAGUUGCUCUCAAACCAAACAGAAAAAUGUAAAGAAAAGAGGAGCCAAGAAAUCUUUCACCUGCACUCAGUGUGGAAAGAGAUUCACGCGCAAAUAUAAACUUGAUGUUCACUUGAGAGUUCAUACUGGAGAGAAACCAUUCACUUGUGAUCAGUGCGGGAAGCGUUUCAGACAAUCAUUAAACCUUAAGAGACACAUGAACAUUCACACUGGAGAGAAGGAGUACAAGUGUUCACACUGUGACAAGAGUUUCGGUUGGUCAGGAAGCCUGAAGAAACACAAGUUAAUACACACUGGAGAAAAACCGCACACAUGUGAUCAGUGUGGAAAGAGUUUCAGACAAAAAGGAAACCUUGUGACACAUAUGAAAGUUCAUACAGGAGAGAAACUGUUCUUAUGUAAUCAAUGUGGAAAGAGUUUUUCACUCUUAGCAAACCUUAAGGAUCACAUGAACAUCCACACUGGAGAGAAACCUUUUAAGUGUUCACACUGUGACAAGAGAUUCCGUCUGUCAGGACACCUGAAAACACAUGAGAGGAUCCACACUGGGGAGAAACCGUACACAUGUGAUCAGUGCGGGAAGAGUUUUGCAGCAAAAGGAAGUCUUAUGGCACAUAUGAUUGUUCAUACAGGAGAGAAACUGUACACAUGUGAUCUUUGUGGAAAGAGUUUGAAAUGCAAAUCUAGCCUUGAUGGUCACAUGAGAGUUCAUACUGGAGAGAAACCAUACACAUGUGAUCAGUGCGGGAAGUGUUUCACACAAUCAGUACAUGUUAAAGAACACAUGAGCAUCCACACUGGACAAAAACCUUACAAGUGUUCACACUGUGACAAGAGAUUCAGUCAGUCAGGAAGUCUGAAAACACAUGAGAUGAUUCAUACUGGAGAGAAACCUUACAAGUGUUCACACUGCAACCACAGAUUCACUCAUUCAGCAAAUCUGAAAACACAUGAGCGGAUCCACACCGGAGAGAAACCGUAUCACUGCACUGAAUGUGGGAAGUGUUUCAGUCAAUCAUCUUCUCUACACAGACAUACAAAAAACAUUCACAGAAAAAACAAAAUAAGUAGAUCAUCUUCUGAUGCUGCCUUUUCAUCAAACUUGAAACGGUAAUGCAUUUAAGCAGUAUCAUCUGGAUUAAUCUGUUGUCUUGUUUCAAACUGACCGUACAAAGAGGAGUUGUGGAAAAUCCUUGAGUCAUGAGUUGAACCUUUCCAACGUGCAACAAUAUUGGAGAACUGCAUAGUUGGAGUGCAUUUAUAGAAAACCAGUUUUUACGAUUUCUGAAUUCCUCAGCAUCUGCUGUAGAUGGACACUUGAUGGGAAUGUGGCAGCCAUUCUUCGGGAGAAGGAGGGACACACUGCUGAAGAUCCCUCGCCGCUGUGGUGAAUCCGCGGUGCCCUCGAGCUGGCGAGGUAUGUGCUCGAGGCGGUGGGCUGGAGCGAGUUGCCGGGGACGGUCGAGCCCACGAUAUGGAGGGGCGGCUGCCGUCCGUGAUGGAAUCCGGAGGGGCAGGGAACGGGGGACUCCUGCCGGCUGCCCAAAACCAGAGGAGCCGUCCACCGGGCGGCGGAGGAGUGUCGUGCCGUCCGCCGAGGGCCGUCCAGUGCCACCGCCAGGCACCGUGGAGGAGAUCACCCAGCUGGUGGAGGGCCGAGCAGCAGUGCGUCUGUGAACCGUAUUUUUUUUCUUUUUUUUUUCUUUCCCCUCUCUCGUCCCUGUCGCUCCUCCUUCCAUCUCCUUUUCUCUCGCCUCGUCUGUCCUACCCCCAGGUUCCCGCAGGUCCCCGUGAGCGGUCCCCCCCGGAGGGAGGGGGGGGGGGAGUAGAGCGCAGUCUCGAGGGUACCCCCCGGCCUGCAAGGGGCGAUGGGGGUAUAUGACGAGUGGGGCGGGGCCGAGAGACGUGGGCACGGGGAAUGAGGCCAGGUGUAGUGAUUGGAGAUGCGCUGCACCUGCGCCCCACCACCUGUCUCGAGUCCCACGUAGGAGAUGGAAGGAUAUAAAACUGGAGCGACGGCUGUGAAGGACGAGAGAGGACCAGGCCUGGGCAAUAUUUUAUGUUUUGAUUUUUAUUUAUGCGCACCAGUCGUCCGUGAGGGGCUGGUCUGCUGUUUUGUGUUUAUUUGGAGUUAUUAAAAUUUCAUUUUGAUUGUGCGCCGGUUCCCGCCUCCUUCUUCCGGAUGAUUAGGAAGUUUUUUUUAUAACAGUGAGGAAGGAGAAAUAGGGGUGCCCCUGACUAAGUCACCUGAAAGCUUGGGCUGGAGCAAACCAAUUAUUUCUGUUGUAUUUUCCUUUGACACACGAAAACGGUCAAGAAAAUGUAAAUCAUCAAAAUCAUUUGGUGGGUUGUUCCCGUCUUUCAGCAACCUUCUUUCUGGUCUUGGUGGUGGUCUCUGAUUGUCAUUGAAAUAGUCGAGGUAAUCCAUUUUCUGCUACUGUGGACGUGAGCCUUGAGGCAAGAAGUUUUUAAUCUGAGGUUAAACCGGCUUCUGUCCAGGUUUAAUUUAAGACUUCAUUUAGAUCUGAAUUAGGUCUAAUCCUACUUCUAGAAAUCUGAAUGUUAAAGUCUAGACUAGUGCAAGUCUGAGACUAUUGUAAUCCAUGUGUGAGAAAGCUAAUCAAUAAAUCCAGGUUUCCCCAUACGGGAAACCGGCCCUUAAUGACUCGCAAAAAAAAAAUCCCAUUCACGAUCAUCAAGUAUUGAAAUCUUGGCUAUAGACAAAAUCUAUUCUACAAUCUUUGUAAAAAAGCAAAAAGGUCUUAAAAUGUAAGGUUAAUGUACAUCCUGUUACUUGUUUGUUUUGACCCAUUACCCUGUUUAAAACUGUUUUUCUGUAAUAAAAUCCUAUAAUAAGACCCCAAUCUACCUUGACACAAGGAAACAUGUGACACAGAUAUUACAAAAACAUACAAAUAAAGCAUUUCUUUAUGAUAAAAGUUAGGGGUAUUCAUUAAUGUUCUGAGAGGCAUGGCCUCUGUAUUUUCCAAACAGAGGUCCAGACAAAAUAUGAUUACAUAAAAUGAUUACUUUUCCAGUGUUUUCCUCCUGAAAUCUAUAGUUUUCAUAUUUUACUUAAAAGCAGUAUCUGCUAAAACAGCUAAUAAUCAAAACGCUUGAGCAAAAAAAGAUAACUAGUUUCAAAGUUUAACUUCUAUCCUAGCCAUCUAUCAACAGUUUUCCCCAAUAUUUUUUUUUUAAAUUUAUUAAAGCAGACAGACAAGCAGAAUAUGAACGUAACCCAGAAAAACUGCACUUUAAGGCCGGUGACACACUGGCUGCGUGGCGUCUCUGCUGCGUGUCAGGAGCGUGGCGACUGCCUCGCAUUUUCCGUUUACAGUGGCUAUCCCUCAUAGAAAGAAAACACUUAAUUAGUGGACUAAUUUGCCAUCAGUUUAAGAACAAAACAAGUAAGCAAUUUACUUAGCAAAUGGUGUUAAUGUUUGUUAAUGAAAGAGAUUACGGGACAAAUUAACAUUUAAACCUUAAACUAGCAGUGCACGUCACUUUCUGAGUAAAGUGUGCGACGUGCGCGUGCCGGCUGUCAUUUUGUAACGGUCAGCUUCCAGUGGAUGAACACGGAGGAAAAGGUAAGCGCUAUAAAUCUACUUUUAAUUCAUAGAUUUUAACUGAUAUAACAUUAAAUGCCAUCGAAAAGGAGUAUGUGUUUUGUAUUUUUGUAGGUUUUCUAAUUCAGUUUAAUAAACCCUUACAAAAAUAACCUACAGGAAUACUGCAGGAAUUUUAUGCAGAUUUCCUACAGGAUUUUCAGCUCAUUUUCCUGAAGGAAUACCUGCAGGAAUUUCCUGCAGGACUGUUGUGGAUAUAUAGUAUGUAAUAUCUUCUAUGUCUUCUGUAGGAUUAAUGCAGGGGGAAUAACUUCACAACAAACAAUGUAUUUUCACCAGGGCUCUGAACCGGUUCAAGGAACGGAAACGAAAACCGGAAACGAACGAUAUUUUGACAGGAACAGAAAC